AGUAUCUUCUCUCCACAGGACAUUGGAAACGCUGCUCCAUUGUAAUCUUUGAAACAAAGUCAGACCCACAAGUCACGAUGAAGGCAUACUGGUACGACAACAAGCCGGGUGACCAGCGCGAGCCCCACGACUCUGGCCGUACUGUCUCCGAAGACUACCUCGCUUCCAUCGGUGUUUUCUACCGCCACUACCCCAAUAUCGAGUCCGUCAAUACUUUGGCCAAGGAGCGCGGAUAUAAGAACCGUGAUGAGGUGUGCGUUUCUCCACAGGCCAUGGGCGACGUGUACGAGUCUAAGGUGAAGAUGUUCUUUGCUGAACAUCUCCACGAGGAUGAGGAAAUCCGGUACAUCCGCGAUGGUGAAGGUUACUUUGAUGUGCGCGGUCAGGAGGAUGAAUGGAUCCGUAUCCAGCUUAGCAAGGACGACCUAAUCAUCCUUCCUGCCGGUAUCUACCACCGAUUCACAACCGAUGAGAAGAACUAUGUCAAGGCUAUGCGUCUCUUCCAGGAAGAGCCUAAGUGGACGCCUCUGAACCGUAGCGAAGAGGUUGAUACCAACCCCCACCGGAAGACAUAUCUUGGAACUCUCAACACAGCUGCUGUAGCUGCAAACUAAACGGGUUUUUGAUAGGUUCAGGGCCAAAGCAUGGAUUACGGGAUGGCUCGAUUUGUUUCGUUCUACAUCUUUCCAGGUAAUUGGCAUAGCUACAUUUGACGAUUGAAUGUGUAUAUAUCAGAGCA